UGAAAGGCGCAAUUUGCUCUGGGAAACAAUGCCCAUUCCUGAUUACCUCUUUACCUAACAUAUCAUGUGAUCUAAAUAGAACCCAGAAAAUUUGACUUUUAUACCAACAGUAGAAGCAUUUUUGAGGUCUAAAGGUUGAAGAGAAGAUGCCAACACAAGCAUGAUUUACGCAUCCGACACUAUAUAGUAGAAGUCCAACACGACUAACACGCUCUUGAAAAAGGAAAAUGCGAAUAACUUCCAUUAAUGCAAAAAAUCAAACAGGGUAACCGUCAUUGAUGAGAGAAUAGAAUAGAACAUGUGAGGUAGUUCAACCCAUAUUUACAUUGGAAAUAACAAAUCAAGUUCUUGAUGAAAAUCCACCAAAAAAACUAUAAAAUAGUAGUAGGAAAAAAAAAAUGCUGAAACAGCAGGUGCAUUAAAGCUGGUUUCUUGGUGAAGGGCUCUGCAGGGUAUUGUUGAAUAGCAAUGCAGUUCUUCGGCUUAGAACUAUUUCCCUUUUUGGUAUUGUUAGGUGUUUCUCUUUCGUUUCUUGUUUGUAUUGGUGAAUCAGCGAUAGAAUUACCAGAAAACGACACAAUUCCAGCAGUUUUUGUAUUUGGGGAUUCCAUAGUUGAUACUGGUAACAACAACAACCUCAAUACAAUAUUCAAAGUCAAUUAUCCUCCGUAUGGCCAAGAUUUUAUGGGAGGAAAGCCGACCGGAAGAUUUUCCAAUGGGAAAGUCCCCUCUGACAUAAUUGCUGAAGAAUUGGGAAUUAAACCUCUUCUGCCUGCAUACCUUGAUCCAUCACUGCAAGCUCAAGAUCUCGUAACUGGUGUAAACUUUGCCUCUGGAGGCGCAGGAUAUGAUCCUCUAACAUCUGAUCUUGCGUCUGUCUUGUCGUUGUCUGAUCAGUUAGAAAUGUUCAGAGAGUAUAUAAUGAAACUUAAGGGGAUUGUUGGAGAAGAACGCACAUCCCAAAUCUUAAGAAAUAGUUUAGUUACAGUUGUUACCGGCAGCAAUGAUGUUACCAAUACAUAUUUUGGUUCACCUCUGCGAAAAUCCAUUUAUGAUGUUCCUUCGUAUGCUGAUCUAAUGGUCAGUUCUGCUUCCAGCUUUGUGCAGUACUCGAAGGGAAACAUUAAUUUGAUUUCGUGCAUUACAUUUAAGGACUUGUAUGGACUGGGCUUGCGUAGAAUUGGUGUUUUCGGAUUACCACCAAUUGGAUGUUUGCCAUCACAAAGAACUUUGAAAGGAGGAGUGACAAGGAAAUGUGUGGAUUCUUAUAAUCAAAUGUGUCAGUUAUUCAACAAGAAGUUAUCAAACGAGCUGAACUUGAUUAGUAGCAGACUCCCUGAAGCACGGAUGAUCUACCUAGACAUCUACAAUCUUCCACUUGAUGUCAUCCACAACCCAGAAAAAUAUGGAUUUGGAAUUUCGAAUAUCGGCUGCUGUGGUACAGGAACAAUUGAAGUAGCAUUUCUCUGUAAAUGUACAUGUUCAAAUGUAUCUGAGUAUGUUUUUUGGGACAGUUUUCAUCUCACAGAAAAAGCAUACAGGCUUCUUGUUCAUCAGAUCCUCGAGCAACACAUGAAGGAUUUCAUCUGUGAAAAGCCAUUCUGCUGAUUUCAGUGACUAUCAACAUUAUUUACCCUUCCACUUGAAGUACAGCUGCCAACAUUAUUAUUUGCCAACAACCUUACUAUUGUUUUAAUUUACUCAUAACUAUUAUAGGAACAGGUAUUCAAGAUUUUCAUUUAACGUUGUUGGCGUGAUUGGCAAUAGGAUUGAAGAAUGCCAUUGCCAUCGAUUAUUACCUACCAAACAUGCAAUGUGUUUUUAUCAUUUUGAAAGAGUACAAAAUUCUUUCGAUUUGUUUGGUCAGUACUAUACAUUUACUUGGUAGAUUAUGUACUAAGAAGUUGAAUUUGCGUAAUUUAGAGAUAUUGUAUCUCGUGGCAAAUGCAAGAAUGGACAGGUCUUCAUUGUUCAUCACAA